AGUAAGAAAGUUCAGUCGACAGCCUUACAGUAUUCUGUGAUGUCACCAGGAGCAAGGUUAUAAAUGAAACACAGCGUUUGUUUUCGUAAAAGAGAAAUCACGUUCCUCACUCCUUCUUUACUGAAUUUAGUGGUGGAGAUUCAUCAGCAUAGCUCAAGAUGAGACUUCUGCCUUUGCUUGUUCUGGCUUUAGCGUGGAGCUUGUGUCUCUGCAACCAUAUUAGAUGCAAAGACCCAUCUGAGGAAAAUCUCCGAACAAAAUUAUUAAGACUAGCACCAGAUGCAAAGUUGCUCCUAAACACACAGGAUAUCAUCCCCGACCAAGAAAGGAAGAAAUGCCCCAGGAAUGUUAAUCACACCUCUGAGCUAAUUCAGGAUCGAAGCAUCUCUCCAUGGUCUUACAGCAUCAAUGAAGACCUGAACCGUUACCCACAAAGAAUAAUCGAGGCCUACUGUCUGUGCAAAGGUUGUAUUUCUACUCACAACAAACAGCAGAACUCAGUGGUCAGUGAACCAUUUUACAAAAAGGUUCACAUCCUUAUGAGAUCUUCCAAGUGUAAGAAAGGGCGAUUUGUCUAUAAGCUCAGAGAAAUAAAAAUUGCCCAGUUUUGCAUCUGCCGAUUUAACUGAUCAGAAGAAUUGAGUGAACAGAACAAAUCUUCUCUUGACAAGUUCUUUCCGGCCAGGUCCAGAGCUUCUAUUUUUUGUUUUUUUUUUGGUUCCAAGGACGUUGGUUGAUUUCUUACUGGUGUCUCCUGCGCUGGUUAAUUAAAUGAAAUCUUUUGGAGCUGAUAGAUUUAAAGAUGUAUUUGCUCAUUAUGGUCUUGCAAGAUAAGUAGCAUCUCACAACUUUGAACUAAAAUGAGAUAACAGGUAUUGUAUAGGACAAAAAAAGUUAAUAUGGGAAGAUGUAACAAGUUUAUUUGUCCUUCAAUAAUUAAAUAUUUAGUCUUAAAGUGAACAGGCUGAAUUUGUUAAAUUUAUAAAUCUAUAACUGUCUCAACUUUCCUGUGGUAUCGUUAAUGUGUAGCUGAGACACAUUUUCUGAAGGUUUGUAUAUAGUGUUUAUAGAAUGUCAGAAUUUUUUUAACACUUUUUUUUACUACAUUUGUGGAAAUUGGAGGUUGUCGGAUAUAUAUACAGAGAAACUGUUUUACAUAUACAUCCCAGACUAUGAUGAGACAGUCUAAUGCUAAUACUGUGUUCAUUUGAUCACAGCAAAGGACUUCAUUAUGUGUUUUCAUGGGAGGGUAGUAUUGUUUUAUAAUAUGUACAUAUAAAGAAAAUACUUUUUUAUGAAUUUCUAUAAAUAAAUCAUAAGAUCAUUUUAAAUUGUCAGCUUCCUGUGACUAAUCUCUGCUCUGUGCUAAUCAGGUUGUCUUUAGAGAUGCCCUUUUCUCUUAUUAAAUAGAUAUAAUGGCAUUUAGAUAAACAUAAAUAAAUAAUAGCUCACAACAAUCUGAUAAUAUCUUGUUUAACUUUACAAUGCAACAUAUUAUAUAAGAUAAAGACAAAAUAAUGUCUAGGAAGUUAGCGCUUAAUGUUUUGUGGGUGUAACCAUACUUAAAUGACUGCUAUGGCUAAACACUGCAACAUUAAUGGGGUGUGAUCAUAUUGUAAUAUAUAAUGAUUAUUCAGCUAUUGUUACUGGAAAAAUAAGUUCCUGUCUCAGAAAAGCAACAUAUGUGUUUGUUCAUUUUUAUAAUAUUACAGAUCUUUAUUUGUAUUAUAUAUUAUACAACUUAAUAAAGAUAAGAAUGUUUUUUAAUCUGUA